CUACAGUAUGGCUGCCAAAAGAAGUCUUUUUGGGGUACAAAACACACCUGCUGUCAAGAGUCCAAUUCAGGGAGAAUAUUCUGAACCCAGCUGUGUGUCCAUGAAGAGCGUUGAAUCAAUGGAUAAACCAGUUAACUUCAGGGAACCUUCUACUGAUGUGAGUCUAAUUCAGGGACAAUCUCCUGAACCCAGCUGUGUGUCCAUGAAGAGUGUUGAAUCAAUGGAUAAACCAGUUAACUUCAGGGAACCUUCUGCUGAUAUGAGUAUUAAACAGGAUGGAUCAAAGUGCCUUGAAAAGAAGCAGUUGGACUCAAUUUUUAAGGUGCUUAAGCCCAAAAUCAUCUCUUUGAUGAAGAAAGAGCUAAAGAGGUUCAAGAGAUUACUGAGCCCAGAUUACCCAGCAUCCUCUGAGAGCGAGCAGGAGGAUGAUGGUGAAGGUCAGGACAGAGUCAAAGAGGGGAUUCUGAAAAUCACACUGCACUUGUUGAGGGAGAUGAAUCAGACAGACCUCGCAAACACUCUGCAAACCAAAUGUGCCCCUGUAUGUCAACAAAAACUUAAAUCCAGACUUAAAGAAAAAUUUCAGAGAAUUAAUGAAGGAAUCUCCAAUCAAAUGAGCUCAACACUUCUUAAUGAGAUCUACACAGAGCUCUACAUCACAGAAGGAGGGAUUGGAGAAGUCAAUAAUGAACAUGAGGUGAGACAGAUUGAAAAAACAUCCAGGAGACCAGAGAUACAGGAAACACCAAUAAAAUGCAAUGACAUCUUUAAAGCCUUGCCUGGACAAAACAAACCCAUCAGAACUGUGCUGACUAAAGGAGUUGCUGGAAUUGGAAAAACAGUCUCUGUACAGAAGUUCAUUCUGGACUGGUCAGAAGGAAACAAUAAUCAGGAUGUUCACUUCAUAUUUCCACUUCCUUUCAGAGAGCUCAAUUUGAUGAAGGAGAAAAACAUCAGUCUCAUGGAGCUUCUUAAUCUUUUUUUCAAAGACACCAAAGAAUUGAGACCAAGAGACUAUGAGGAUUCCAAAAUUUUGUUCAUAUUUGAUGGAAUGGAUGAAUGUCGACUUCCAUUAGAUUUCACAAACAAUCAGAACUUGUUUGAUGCAACAGAAUCAGCCUCAGUGGAUGUGCUUCUGACCAAUCUCAUCAAGGGGAACCUGCUUCCUACUGCUCUCAUCUGGAUCACCUCUCGACCAGCAGCAACCAGUCAGAUCCCUCCUGAGUGUGUCGACCAGGUCACAGAGGUCCGAGGGUUCAAUGACCCUCAGAAGGCAGAGUAUUUCAAGAAGAAAAUACAUGAUCAUAGUCUGGCAAACAGAAUCAUCUCACACGUGAAAUCAUCAAGAAGUAUGUACAUCAUGUGUCACAUCCCAGUAUUCUGCUGGAUUUCGGCAACUGUUCUGAAGAGAAUGUUGGGUGAAGCAGAGAGUACAGAGAUUCCCAAGACUCUCACUCAAAUGUUCACUCACUUCCUGAUCUUUCAGACGAAACUGAAGACUGAAAAGUAUGAUGAGAAAUGUGAAGUAGAUCUUCAGCUGACACAGAAUAAUAUUCUGUCACUAGGAAAGCUUGCUUUUGAGCAACUAGAAAAAGGGAACCUGAUCUUCUAUGAGGAGGAUUUGAAAGAGUGUGGCAUUGAUGUCAAAGAAGCAUCAGUGUACUCAGGAAUCUGCACUCAGAUCUUCAGAGAGGAAUUUGAAUUGUACCUGGGGAAGGUGUACAGCUUUGUGCAUUUGAGCAUUCAGGAGUUUCUUGCAGCCCUAUUCAAGUUCAUUUCCUUUAUUGGAAACAAGGAACACAACUCAAAAAUAACAGAGUUUCUUAAGAAUGAAGUGAACCGGGCCAUAAAGAGUGAGAGUGGACACCUGGAUCUUUUCCUCAGAUUCCUUCUGGGUCUCUCGUCGGUGUCCAGUCAGACUCUUCUACGAGGCCUGAUGGCACAGAUAGAAACCAUCUCCUCCAGCCAAGAGGAAAUAGUUGAGUACAUCAAGAUGAAGAUCAGGGAGAAUUCCUCUCCAGAGAAAUCCAUAAAUCUGUUCCACUGUCUGAAUGAACUGAAUGAUCAUUCACUAGUACAGGAAGUCCAGACAUACCUGAGCAGAACAGGUGCAAGCCGACUGUCUGGAGCCCAACUCUCUCCUUCUCAGUGGUCAGCUCUGGUGUUUGUGUUGCUAAACUCAGACGAGGAGCUGGAUGAGUUUAAUCUAAGCGAAUAUGAUCAAUCAGAGGAAUGUUUUUUGAGGUUGCUGCCAGUAAUGAAAACAUCUAGAAAAGCAGAUCUGAGUGACUGUGGUCUCACAGAAAAAAGUUGUUUGGCACUGGCCUCAGCUCUCAGCUCGAACUCUGCAAGUCUGAAAGAGCUGAACCUGAGUAACAACAACCUAGAAGAUUCAGGACAGAAGCACCUCUCUGCUGGACUGAAGAAUCCUCAAUGUAAACUUGAGACAUUAAAGCUGUCUGGGUGCCUAAUUAGAGAGGAAGGUUGUUCUGCUCUGGCUUCAGCUCUGAGAUUAAACCCCUCACACCUGAGAGAACUGGAUCUAAAUUGGAACAAACCAGGAGACAGAGGAGUGAAGCUUCUUUCUGUUGUACUGAAGGAUCCACAAUGUAAACUGGAGAAACUGCAACUGUGGGACUGUAAUAUUGGAGAGGAAGGCUGUACUGCUCUGGUUUCAGCUCUAAGAUCAAACCCCUCACACCUGAAAGAACUCAAUCUGAGUUAUAAUAAACCAGGAUGUUCAGGAAUAAAGCAACUCUCAGCUCUACUAAGGGAUCAGCGUUGUAAACUGAUGAAAUUAAUGCUGUAUGACUGCAAUAUUGGAGAGGAAGAUUGUGCUGCUCUGAUUUCAGCUCUUAGAUCAAACCCUUCACACCUGGUAACAUUGAAUCUUAACUACAAUGAACUAGGGGAGUCGGGAGUAAAGCUGCUCUCUACUCUACUGAAGGAUCCACAAUGUAAACUAGAGAAACUAAAGCUGUCUAAUUGCAGUAUUAAAGAGAAAGGCUGUACUGCUCUGGCUUCAGCACUGAGAUCAAACCCCUCGCAAAUGAGAAAUCUGGAUCUGAGCUGUAAUAAACCAGGAGAUUCAGGAGUGAAGCAGCUACAUGCUUUACUGAAAGAUCCACACUGUAAACUGGAGAAACUCAAGCUUUGGAAAUGCAGAAUAGGAGAACCAGGCUGUGCUGCUCUGGCUUCAGCUCUGAGAUCAAACCCCUCACACCUGAGAGAACUGAAUCUAAACUAUAAUAAACUAGGUGAUUCAGCAGUGAAGCUUCUUUCUGAUCUACUGAAGGAUCCAUAUUGUAAAGUGGAGAAACUACUGUUGACUGAAUGCAGUAUUACAGAAGAAGGUUGUAUUUUUCUGGCUUCAGCUCUGAUGUCAAACCCCUCACACCUUAGAUUCCUCAAUUUGGGCAAUAAUGAGCUAGGGCACUCAGGAGUGAAGCAAAUCUCUGAUCUACUACAGAAUCCACUCUGUAAACUGGAGAAACUAUGGUUGUCUAACUGCAGUAUCACAGAGCAAGAUUGCAUUGCCCUUGCUUCAGCUCUGAGAUCAAACCCAUCACACCUGAGACAACUGAAUCUAAGUAAGAAUAAACCAGGGGACUCUGGAGUGAAGCUGCUCUAUGAUCUACAGAAGAAUCCACACUGUAAACUACAAUGCUUCAACUGGUAAAUGAACUGGGAGGUAUAGGCAUCCUGGACAUCGAUGAAAUGUUGCUUUCUACUGUCUGUGUCACACCUGUCACCUGAUAGCCACCAGAGGGCACUCCUCAUGUCUUCUUAAACUGCAUUUCCCAUGAUUCAUUGCCUGGACUCAUUAUGCUCUCAUUCCUGCCACCUGUGUAUGAUUACCUCGUUCAUGUUUGCUUAUUUAAGCCCUGUGUGUUUUGUCAGACUUCGCAAAUUCUUAUUGAAUGUUAGUGUUUCACUCCAAUUCAGGAUGUCUCCUUGGAUAAUCCUGUUUUCCUGUGCCUUGGACCUUUGUCGUUAUCUGGAUUGUUUACCCUGUAGUUUUGACCUUAUGCAUGUUAAAUUGGUUACAAUUAUGGAUUACACUCAAAGCUGUGUUUGGAUCUCCUGGUCACAUCUCUGAACAGUACACAUUACAGAGUUCACCGUUUACAGAUCCAGCAGCUGAGUGAACUCCAGAUCAUCAUGGACCUGGUCCAUCUGAUAUUGUGUAUUUGCUAAGAAUGACAGAACACACAUGGCUUAUAUAGGCAGAGUUAACAAGGAAAUGAGACACAGCUGAAUGUAAUCAAGUAUAAUGAGUCCAGGCAGUGGGUUAUGGGAAAUAUAGUCCAUGAUAAAAUAGCACAAGAGUUGGGAGGAUUGCCUCUAGUGGAGAUCAUGGGCACUCCAGUAGGUGGAUGUGAGUCUGAAUGAUUCUACAACCAUUUUCCGAUUGUUGGGAUGAUCCAGUAAUGAUCCAAUUGGCCAAGCUUAUAAAGCUUAUUUGAGGAAUUUCAAGGUUGUAAAUCCAGAGCACUGCCCAGCCAGACACACAUCUUCCCUGAGCUGAUGCCACUGAAAACAAUCAGGACAACGGAACAAGAUCCUCAUGGUUGACUUCAAUAAAGACGAUGGACUUGAAAUAUUAAUGGCUAAUAACUUUUAUUGAGCAGAAUAUUAGAACUGGGGAAGAGAGCACCACCUCACUUCGUGCCCGCACACACUCUACUCUAGCACCUCCCCUUCACAUUACCUCUUCCUCCCAGAGGACUCGACACCAAAAUAAAAGUCCUUGAUAGAAAAUAAUGUAAAACAAAACAAAACAAAACAAAAAAAUAGAAUACAAUACAAUGAACAUUAAACAAGCAACCUCACACUUUGUUUCUUUUUAACAGUCAUAUAUAUUUAACAUUUAGUACUGUUAAUUUCUUACAAUAAUUGCUCAACACCUUUUUAUGUGUACUUUUAAAUAUGUGUUUUCUUGGUACAAACUCAUUCUUGAAAAUGAGGAA